AUGAAUCCGUCAAAGCUUUCAAUCUCAACUGUUCUGAUUGCGUUCUGUGCAUUUGCAUUUAUAGAAGUGGCGAAUUCUAAUCCUACCAUGGACCUCUUCGGCGGCUACGAGAUCGUAUCGGUGUGCAUGACUAACUGUGCCCAGUGCAAACGGAUGUACGGAACGUUCUUCGACGGCCAGGUUUGUGCCGAGGCGUGCCUGGAGUUCAAAGGGAAAAUCAUUCCCGACUGCGAAGAUAUAGGCUCGAUCGCGGGCUUCUUGAAUCGUGCUGAGUUGAAGAAGUACGCCUAG